AUGCAAUCUUCGAAUCCAAAGAAGCAAGUAACUGUCAUUGGAGCUGGAAUUUCAGGAUUGACUACCGCUGUUCUUCUACAAGAUGAGUAUGAUGUUACAAUCGUAUCUAGAGAAUUUCCAGGUGAAUUAAAAGACGGAUAUGCUAGCCCAUGGGCCGGUGCGCAUUGGAGAAGCAGUGCAGAGUUAGAAGACAUUCGACAACAAGGAUUUGAUAGAGAAACUUUUAUUCAUUUUUGGAAUUUUGCCUGCACCAGACCAUCGGAAACUGGAGUAAUGAUUGUGGACGGGUUUGACUAUUGGGAUGAACUUCCAUUAGGAUGGAAUGAUCCAUGGUUCAAGGACUUGUGUCCAGAGUAUAGGCAUUUAACGAAAGACGAACUGCCAGCUAAUGUUGAAUUUGGAAUUAAAUAUAAGACUGUUACAUUUAAUCCAGCUAAACAUCUUUCGUAUCUCUUGGCCCGCUUCUAUGCACUUGGCGGAACUACUAAAAAAAUUACUUUGUCUCAUAUCCAAGAGGCAAUUUUUGAUAACACUGACAUUGUAAUAAAUUGUUCUGGACUUGGUUCCAGGAACUUAGGAGGUGUUCAAGAUCAAGAUGUUUAUCCAGCAAGCGGACAAACAGUAUUGGUACAAUUGCCUAUUGGGCAUGUAAAUUGGACAUUUUUACGAUACGUAGCUACAAGUGCAAUUAGAUCGAGUGAAAUUUUCAAUUAUGUAAUACCACGCGAUAACGGAGAAGUGAUACUUGGCGGAACUUAUAUGAAUUUAAUCUCAAUAUCUUCAAUUGUUUCCCAUCCUAGUUCGACUACUCCCGAUGCAAAGAUUGCAGAUAGAAUUAUCGAACGAUGCCUUUCUACACGUCCAGAUCUAUUACCUGAAGGCGAGACUAAACUUAAUAUUAAAAGACAUGGAGUUGGUUUACGACCUGUUAGAAAAAAUGGAAUCAGAAUCGAAGCAGAAUGGAUAUUAUCCGAAAAAACAGGCAAAAAAAUUUUACUCUGUCAUAAUUAUGGCCAUGGGGGAUACGGAUGGCAAUCAAGUUAUGGAGCAUCAUUGCACGUAAUUCAAACUGUAAAACAAACUCUUAGAGAAGGUCAUGAACAGAGUAGUAAUAUUGGUGUAAAGCUCUGA